GCUAUCACAGGGUUGUUUUGGAGGAAGUUAAAGCAGAUCCCGAAACAGAAUAAGAAAAAAAGACCCGUCAUUAAACAGGGGGGCAAUAACGGCUACAGCACCCGUAUCGGUAUCUCCUAUUCCGGAUUAGUUCACUCAUACACUAGCCUAAACGAUCCAGUGCUCCGCCAGUGACAGGAGCUGAAGUUAUUGUUUGUUUUCUUCAUAAACAUCAGGCUUGUGUGUAAGGGCACGGUAGCAGUUUAGCUCAAAGGCUACACCACAGCACUAAUACAGACUGAUACUCGCUAGAUCUCCUGUUUUAUAAACCAGCUGUGACACUAUGACCUCAAGGAAGAAAGUUCUUCUGAAGGUGAUCAUCCUUGGAGACUCCGGGGUUGGGAAGACAUCUCUGAUGAACCAGUAUGUGAAUAAGAAGUUCAGUAAUCAGUACAAAGCUACUAUAGGAGCAGAUUUCCUGACAAAAGAAGUGAUGGUUGAUGACCGACUUGUCACAAUGCAGAUAUGGGACACAGCAGGUCAAGAGCGCUUCCAGUCUCUGGGAGUAGCUUUCUACCGCGGUGCCGACUGCUGUGUGCUGGUGUUCGACGUCACUGCCCCAAACACCUUCAAGACACUGGACAGCUGGAGGGAUGAGUUCCUGAUCCAGGCCAGCCCACGGGACCCAGAGAACUUCCCUUUUGUGGUGCUGGGCAACAAAAUCGAUCUGGAGAAUAGGCAGGUAACAACCAAGCGGGCACAGGCUUGGUGUCAGAGUAAGAACAACAUCCCGUACUUUGAGACCAGUGCAAAGGAGGCCAUCAAUGUAGAGCAGGCUUUCCAGACCAUCGCGCGCAAUGCACUCAAACAGGAAACCGAAGUGGAGUUAUACAACGAGUUCCCUGAGCCAAUUAAACUAGACCGGAAUGAUAGAGCCAAGCCAUCAGCAGAGUCUUGUAGCUGCUGAGGACCUCCAGGAGGCGCAGCGUUUCACCCGCACCCUCUCUGGCCCUGUCUUUGCCUCACUCCCUCUCUCUCAUGCGUCCUCUCUUUCACCCGAUCUUCAUCUCCUUCCCUCCCCUUAACCCUAUAAUCACUGGCCUUUGUAGAUGAGCAGACUGCCUCUCCUUCAGUAUCCUACACAGUUCGCAUUCACAGCCUUAGUCACGACACAACACACACACCCACAUAUGCUCAAGAAGCUCAAUCUGACACCCGUUUUCGUCCACCGAUCCCGACACCUCGCACCAGUUCUGCAGAACUGACGCCUCACCCACAUAAAAAGUCCUACUGGAACUCUUCACAACACUUGAAUGGCUCUUGAGAUUUUUUUUUACAUGAUCCAGCCCUGCAGUGCAGUUGUAAUACAUGUGAUGUGAAACGAUGAAAGAUGGGAGGUGUACAUUGGUACCAGAACUCCCCGUCAUGUUCAACUGCUUCAUCAUUCUGCUUGAAAUAAAAUGGCGACCUGACGUAAAGCAUGCUACAUUUGCAUCUUAGAGUUGUGAACCC